CGGCGUGCCCCGCGCGGGGGUAGGGGGGGGCAGCAUGGCGGCCGCGCGGUGCUUGCGGCUGUGCGGGCGCUGGCGGCCGGCGCUGCUGGGCCCUGCUCGCCGCCGCCUCCUCCUCCCGGUCGCCUCCUCCUCCUCGGCUCUUCCAGCCCCACCGGGCCCCGCGCCGCCCCCCCGCGUCGCCUUCAGCUCCGGGGCGCGCUGGCAGCAGUGGGGCGCGGGCGGCGGGGCGGGGGGCGAGGAGGGUGAGGGCGGCGAGGAAGGAGGAGGAGGAGGAGGAGGAGGCGGAGGUGGCGGGGAAGGCCCGGCCGGGCCUGUGAUGACGGCGCUGACCCCGCUGCUCGUCCCCGAGCAUUUCCCCAACGUGCCGCUCAUCGCCGUAACCCGCAACCCCGUGUUCCCCCGCUUCAUCAAAAUCAUCGAGGUGAAGAAUAAGAAAUUGGUUGAGCUGCUGAGGAGGAAAGUACGUCUUGCCCAGCCUUAUGCUGGUGUUUUUCUUAAAAAGGAUGACAACAAUGAAUCUGAUGUGGUGGAGGAUCUGAAUGAAAUCUACCAGAUGGGAACUUUUGUUCAGAUUCAUGAGAUGCAGGACCUGGGAGACAAGCUGCGUAUGAUUGUCAUGGGGCACCGCAGGAUUCGUAUAAACAAGCAGCUAGAGGUUGAGCCUGAGGAGCCUGAGAACAAGCAGAAAGUUAGAAGGAAACAGAAGCGCUCUAAGAAGGAGGCUGAGGAGGAGCCUUCAGUGAAGGACCAAGCGGUGGAGGUGGUACUAGAUCCUGUAGCUGCUCCCCCACAGGAAGUUCUCAUGGUAGAAGUAGAGAACGUGGUUCAUGAAGAUUUUCAGAUCACAGAAGAGGUUAAAGCUCUUACUGCAGAAAUUGUCAAAACAAUCCGAGACAUCAUUGCCUUGAACCCCUUGUACAGGGAGUCUGUACUUCAGAUGAUGCAGGCUGGACAACGCGUGGUAGAUAACCCCAUCUACCUGAGCGACAUGGGUGCAGCACUGACAGGGGCAGAGUCUCAAGAACUUCAAGACAUCUUGGAAGAAACUAGUAUUCCCAAACGGCUUUACAAAGCUCUUUCGCUCUUAAAAAAGGAAUAUGAGCUGAGUAAACUUCAGCAGCGUCUUGGAAGGGAGGUUGAGGAGAAGAUCAAGCAAACGCAUCGCAAAUACCUUCUCCAAGAACAAUUGAAGAUCAUUAAGAAAGAGCUAGGUCUGGAAAAAGAGGAUAAGGAUGCCAUAGAAGAGAAAUUCCGUGAGCGACUGAAGGAGCUGGUAGUGCCAAAACAUGUCAUGGAUGUGAUUGACGAGGAGUUGAACAAGUUGGCUUUGCUGGAUAAUCACUCCUCCGAAUUCAAUGUCACACGAAACUACUUGGACUGGCUGACAUCCAUCCCGUGGGGUAAGUGUAGCCAGGAGAACCUGGAGCUGAGCCGAGCCCAAGCAGUUCUGGAGGAGGAUCAUUACGGAAUGGAUGAUGUCAAGAAGCGAAUUCUGGAAUUUAUAGCAGUCAGCCAGCUGCGAGGAUCCACCCAGGGGAAGAUCCUGUGUUUUUAUGGCCCGCCUGGGGUUGGCAAAACCAGCAUUGCCCGCUCCAUCGCCAGAGCCCUAAACAGAGAGUACUUCCGCUUCAGCGUUGGAGGGAUGACAGACGUAGCAGAAAUAAAAGGACACAGGAGGACCUAUGUUGGAGCAAUGCCAGGAAAAAUCAUCCAGUGUCUGAAGAAGACCAAGACAGAGAAUCCACUUAUACUGAUCGAUGAGGUGGAUAAAAUUGGAAGAGGAUAUCAAGGGGAUCCAUCCUCAGCCCUUCUAGAGCUCUUGGACCCGGAACAGAACUCUAACUUCUUGGAUCACUACCUUGAUGUUCCUGUGGAUCUGUCAAAGGUACUUUUUAUUUGUACUGCCAACGUAACGGAAACCAUUCCAGAGCCACUGCGGGACAGAAUGGAAGUGAUCAACGUAUCGGGAUAUGUGGCAGAAGAAAAACUUGCGAUUGCAGAGAGGUACUUGGUCCCUCAAGCACGAGUUCUGUGUGGCCUGGAUGAAAACAAAGCCAAAAUCACAUCAGAUGUCCUGACUGUUCUCAUCAAGCAGUACUGCCGGGAGAGCGGAGUGAGGAAUCUGCAGAAACAAGUAGAAAAGGUACUGAGGAAAUCUGCCUAUAAAAUUGUGAGUGGAGAAGCAGAGACUGUUCAGGUGACACCUGAAAACCUGCAGGACUUUGUAGGAAAGCCCAUCUUCACUGUGGAUCGCAUGUAUGAAACCACUCCUCCGGGAGUGGUGAUGGGUCUGGCCUGGACAGCCAUGGGAGGUUCCACUCUGUUUGUUGAAACAUCCCUGAAGCGACCCAAAGACAAGGAGAGCAAGGAUGGGUCCCUUGAAGUAACAGGGCAGCUGGGAGAUGUAAUGAAAGAGAGUGCCAAAAUAGCUUACACGUUUGCAAGAGCCUUUUUGAUGCAGAAGGACCCCAACAAUGAUUUUCUCAUGUCCUCCCAUAUCCACCUGCAUGUGCCAGAGGGAGCCACACCAAAGGACGGACCGAGCGCAGGCUGCACCAUAGUCACGGCUUUGCUGUCACUGGCCAUGAACUGCCCCGUGAGGCAGAAUGUGGCCAUGACUGGAGAAGUGUCAUUAACUGGAAAAAUUUUGCCUGUUGGUGGAAUCAAGGAGAAGACAAUUGCGGCAAAGAGGGCAGGGGUUACCUGUAUCAUUCUGCCGUCAGAGAAUAAAAAGGAUUAUUACGACCUUGCUGGGUUCAUCACCGAAGGACUGGAAGUGCAUUUUGUUGAGCACUACGGAGAGGUAUUUGAUAUAGCAUUCUCAAAGCUGGACUCUGCUGGAGGAUGACAUUGGCCAGCCUGGCCAGAAGGUGGCCUGUCCCUCAGGAAGGUGACAUGUCCCUCAGGAUCAGCCCCAGCCCAGAAGGGGCUGCCUGGUGCUAUCCUAAAGGGGCACAUGGAGAUAUUGCUGCUGCGCAGCUGCUGAGAUGAAUUAUGGCUUUGGUAGAGUUAAAGUAUUUCUCACUCUUUACCAUUGAAUAAUGAUCCACGUUAAGUAUUUCCAAUAAAAUCGUGAAAUUUUA